UUCUGACGGUGCGGACAGGAAGUGUAACGUUGAACUGCUUCCCCCCCGCUUGACGCUGCAUGCGGGCGGAUCGCGUCACAUUCCGACGGGAGCGAUGUGAGCGCGGUGCGGAUCGUCCGCCUCUGAUCGUCCACAGCCGCAGUGCGAGGGGGAACAUGUCCGGAGCGAGGGAGAGCAACUCUUGUCCGGACGGCUACAGAGCCCUGAGCCCCGCGGAGCUGCGGGAGCUGCUGCACAGCGACGACAAGAUGGAUCAGAUCAUCCGCCUGAAUGAAACGUUUCAGGAGCUUCAGGUGGACAGGGAGACGCUGCAGACCUCCAACCGGAGCUUGGCCGAGGAGAGCCUCGCCCGGCGACCCCGUCUUAAUAACGGCAAACUCCAGCUGGCGGAGAAAUACCGGGAACUGUCCAACCUGGCAACCACAUGCUGGGAAAAACAGAGUCAGCUUGAAGCUCGCGUCCAGAAGCAGAGCCUGCAGACGGUGCAGAACCUCCUGCAGGAGGAGGUGGCACGUGCAGAGGAGCAUUCAGAGGAGCUGCUGGAGAAGUUCAUGGAGGGGAACGUAAGCCUGGAUGACUUCCUGGACUCCUUCCAGUGCUCCAGGAAGACGUAUCACAUCCGCCGGGCGCAAGCGGAGAAGAUGCAGGAGAUCGCUCAAGCCAAACGGCAGCCGGCGAAAACCAAGACGGCGGAAGAGAGUAAAGCCCCAGAGGUGAAGAAGGACUCGGAGCAGCCUCAGCGGCCCAAUGGCUUUGUAGCGCAAGGACCUUUAAGAGUGUUCCAAGUACGCUACGGCCUCACGCCGGCCAUCCUCCUCCCUCACUACCCCGUUUCUCCUCCUGCCUCGGCCCCGACCUAUCAGAAUAGUAUCCCGCUGCCUGAACCCCAGCUGGGACAGACCCACAUCCUCAGCCCCAGCACGCCGCUCCAAGGGCACGGCCAGCCGGUCGGCCUCAGGGUCAUCGGACAGCUAUCAGGGGGCUGGCCGGCGAACGGGCGGCCGGUAAGAGUGCAGCAGCUUUACAGGCCGAACCCUCAACAGCCCGAGCCGCCGUUCCGGUAAGCUGGAGCAGGGCGGGGGUGGGGGGCAGGAGGAGGAAGAGGAGGAAGAGGAGGAAAAGAGCCGGUUUGAAAGGUCUUCAAAGACAAGGAACCAAACAGUGGCUGUCACGAUCAACAAGCAAAGACUGAUGCGGAGGCCGGCAGCCAUGCCGACGUCCGUCUCUGUUCUCCAUCCAUGACACCUAAACGUAACCAUCAGAGGAACCCGAGCAGACGCAGGGAGGACUCGGUUUCAUAGCUGCUUCCAUUUUGGAUCCGGUGAAACGCCAACAAAUCUCACAUCAAACCUUAAAUCUCACAUUGUUCUUUUCCAUUAGUGAAGAGCAGCAGAACACGUUCGGUGACAGUGACGCUGCGAGGCCAUGAACCGGUUUGUCAUUUAUCAAACACCAUCGUUUCCUGUGAUGGUGCAAACUAGUAUUUUUUAUAGCGUUACGUGACAAAAAGCCGCAAUGACUGAGUUGAUGAACAUCAUGAAGCCGAUGACACAUAAUCUGCAACAGAAUCAGAAUUUAACAAAUAAAAUGUUAAAAUCACAUUUCAAAUACAAACGUGAGCUGAUGAAGUCCGUUAAUUAAGUGUCUGACACAUUUCAGAGAAUAAGCUGCUACAAAAACUGUAGUUUCUGGAUCCUCCGUCAACAGAAACAUCUUAAAUUCAAACCGGACUGUGGAUUUGAAUCAAACAAAAAGUUUAUCGAGCCCCAACCCUGGUGUUAUUUUUAAUUGUAUCAUAUUUUUACACUGAUGUGAAGCACAUGGUUGUGAAGCACAUCUACAAAACAACAUCGAACUCUCAUUGUUGGAUGCGAUGCAGCUGAGGACAUCGGUGGUUUCAUGUAAACUCAUCCAUCCAAUGAGGAAACCUGCAGACGUGGAUCCUGAGGUGAAGAACAGUGGUUUUACAUCGGCGUUGAAACAAAGACGUUCUGCGGAGCGGCGCGGGGCGUAUUUAUUAAUGAGUCCCAGACUUUAUAACCUGUCAGUAGUAUUUCCUGUGUCAUGUGUGUGUCGCCGUCGCAGGAGAUUACCCAAAGCCCUCUGCCUUCUUUCAGCGAACAGUGAUGCCGCUCACACAUCAGUGAGUUUUAUUUAUUCAUGUAAAUCCUAUUUUAAAUGGCUGACUUCAAAGAUCCUUGUUUACCGUGCUGAAGGAAGAGCUGCGUCUCCUUCACAAAGCAGACGGUGUUUGUGGUUCCGUUUAUUUUAUUUUUUUAUUUCUGGCCCCAAACUGAGAUGAGGUGGAAUUUAAUCUCUAUGAGAAAACCCCACGGUGGAACAUCUCGCCUUCCUCUCUCUCUCUCUCUCUCUCUCGUCAUCCAUCCUGCAGCGUUUAAAGGGAAAAGCUUUGGAUUGUAGUUGUAAUGGGUCUGCUCUCAAACACACAUUUAGCUCAUUAAUAACUCAGAUAAGUGCAUGCUUACUACGUCUCGACAAAGUACAUGAAAAUGCCUUUUUACAGGCCAGUGCCCAGUUACAUCAAUAAAAUAAAUACUUUCUUAUUUCUACUGUAAAGAAAAAUGUGUUGCUCUGAUUUAACAUCUGUCAUUCUCUCACAGGGAAUAUCUUGAAGAAUUUUAAGUUGAAGUUCUGAGGAUUUCUUUAAAGUGUUUCAAGAAGUUUUGUUCAUAAUUUCUAAACUCAGAAAGUCAGCGGCUGAUUUCGGUGAAAAUUGUUUCUUGAGCUCUGCCUGAAUCUUAUAAAACCACAAGGUCAGAAUUUGAAUAAUAUUAUUAUAACCCAGACUUUUACAUUUCUAAACUCUCAUCUUCACAGAUCUCAGCAGUGAGACUGGUGAGUACGAUGACGGUACUUUAAAGAACAAAAGAAAUAAGUGACCUGUUUUUAUUCGUGAACAAGAUGUUAAUGUGCCAAAAUGAGUUUUGUAACUUUUAAAACCUUUUUUCUGGUUUGUUUGUUUUUUCUUUGGACUGGAUAAAACUUUAGAAUAUUUUCUUCCUCUUUAGUUCUGAUUGUUUUUCAUUUCAUGCCUUCAACCACAGUGUUUUGUGAAAUCAGUGAGGAACGCCUCCACUUUUUUUAAAAACAGAACUCUUGAGGUUUUCCUGCAGGUCCCUUAAAGGAAAUGUCUCAAUAUAAAGACAGAGGUAAACCAUCAGCCCAGCUCCGUCUGACGGGGACGAAAUCAACACAUCAGCCCCUCGAGAGCUCAGUGAUUAACACGAUCCAUCAAGUUUGUUUAUUCUGCACAACAAGCCCAGUUCAAAAAGGCUUGUUGUGCUUUUACAGCCCUGUAACUUCCACGAGUCUGCAGCUAAAAUGUUCAGCAUUCAACUGUUCAUGAUUUUCUCAUUUUAACGAUCAUUUGUUUUAGAAAAUGGCAGAAAAUGAAAUUGUGUCAAAUUUAGAAAAAGAGGAAAUUGUCUUCGAGAGGCUGGACAUGUAAAAAUGACUUGAUCGAUUGUUUGAGACCUAACCUGAUUAUAGUCGGAGGAGAAGACUCCAGAAAGUGACCACAUGUCUUAAUAAUCAAGAUGUUGAUGUUUAAUUUGGUAAAAAAAUUCAUCAGCGACUUGAAAAUCAGGCUUUGACUCACGUGAACGAGGCUGAAGGUGAUGUUGUUUCCUGCAGACAGAACCAUGCUACCGGUUUCUAUUCAGUCUUUAUGCUAAGCUAAGCUAACAGCUGUCGUUCCACAAGGUUUGAUGUAACUGGGCAUCGGCUCCAACCCAUCAUGCAGUUCUGUGUCCACUCAGGGUCUUCAGAGGAAAAAUUAAAAUGCAGCGCGGCUUCUUUAAUAAACGAGUCGCAAUGACGACCGCGGAGACAUCGUACCCAUGGAUCUUAAUUUCUAACUCUUCAUCCAUCCAUCAUCCACACAACUUCUCGUCUUAGACUCAUUAUCUAACUUUAAUUAAAUACUUUAGAUUUACAGCUGAACACCAGAGAACUCUUUCCAGGAAAUUAACAGGAAAACACCGGACCUGAGAAAUAGAGUGAAUUCUCCUGAACCAGAGUUCAUGAAGUUCAGACCUGAUGAUCGAUGUGAUGGUCGGACACGUGUUUGAAAUAUCAUCCAACUGUAAAGUGCUUGUUUCUGCAACUGUGCUUUUGUUCGUUCGGUCUGUUUUGUUGUGUCUCUUUUUCUCUAUCAGGGACUCGACCCAGCAGCCUUCUCAAAAAAAAAAAAAGAAAUACA